AUGGAGAAGAAUGACAAGGAGACGCGUGACUUCAUGAGCGUAGAAUCGUUCUCUCAGUUGCCCUUCACCCGCCCUAAACUGCUUAAAGAAAAGGGUAUCAGGCUCUUCGGCAAGGAAUUCGGUGGCGAUCCAGAUUUGGACUCUGUCGAAACAAAUGCUGAGAAAGUAAUCAAGGAAUCUGAAAAUGGCGAAAGUGGUCGAAAAUUUGAGUGCCACUAUUGUUUCAGAAACUUCCCAACUUCUCAGGCCUUAGGGGGGCAUCAAAACGCUCACAAAAGAGAGCGCCAAAACGCCAAGAGGGCUGCUAUGGGCUACGACAUAUAUCCACAGACGCAUUCUUUCGGCAUCAACUAUCAUCGCUUCGCUUCGGGUUCAGAUAAUUCCCAAGUCAGUACUUAUAACCAGUAUCCUUGGAACAGCAACAGUUCAGUUUAUAACAGGUUUUACGGCAGUUAUGGCGCCUAUAAUCACGCGCAGACACCACCAAUCCACGGCAGUCCUUUGUCAUUGUGGCGAAACCCGUCCACAAACAAUGUUCCCAGACUGAAUAAUCAUGAUCAAUAUCUGACGACAAAUUCAUCGCUUCUCUAUUCAAAUAUUGAUCGCCUGCAGCCAUCAAGAAACGAAAGCUCUAGCUCACAAAACCGGUAUGUUUAUCAAUCUAGUAAAAUGAAGGAUCAUGUGAGUUUAGACCUUCAUCUAUAA